AAACAAACAUUCAACAGCUGAUAUGCUCGCAGUAGUGAAGUUGAAGUGGUUGAUUAUCGAGCCAGUGGUGAUGGCACUUCAUUUAGGAGUCGCUGAUAAAGUGCCUCGGAAUCAAUUUGCAGCGUACCGAUAACAAGAUUCCAGCAACAAUGAAAAUGGCCGUCGUCAAUCAGACCAACCAGUUCUAUGAGGGCUGCGGCCGCGAGGGACCCAUUCGGUGCAUAUUGCUGAGCGAAUUUCAUGCCGUGGCUGGCUCGAAAAUCAGCUGUCAGGUACCCGAUAAUUACAUUUCGAAAGAGGUAUUCGACUCGAUACGGUUUUUCAUCAUUCCCAAACCGCAACUGCAGCGAUACACGCUGACUGUCAAUGCCCUUGGUCACAAAGUGAUCGGAUAUCCUGUUCGAAUCGAUCAUCAGCGCUAUCCUAGAAAUGCGUUUUACUUCAACCUGUGCUUUGUGUGUGAUAGUUGGGCUCGCUCCGUUCAGUACGAACCGGUCGUCAAAAAGCUCUCCGAAUAUCUUCUAAUGAUGGAGGAAGAAACAGCCUUCCUAUCCAAUGUGAAUAACAACUCUCGCAUUCAGAAUCUAUUGAUGAGUAUCCUGCGUGAUCUGAACGAAAAACAAGUGGCAACGAUCGUUGAAGGGGAAACUACCAUCUAUCUAAAAAUAUCAAAACUGAAACCAGAUCCACCCCCCGUUCAGGAUCAUCAGGUGCCACUCCUUUGCAAAGGAUUCGAAAACAUCUCCUUAGAAUCGUGGGAUCUGACAACCCAACAAGUGGUCCCAUUCAUCAACGGAAUCAGUCACGUGGCACGGAUCGCUGCCGAAGCCGAUGUCGAAAACCAACUCGUCAAAUCGUGCAUACAGAAUUUGGUCUACUACGGCGUGGUCCAGUUAUUCCCCCUUCUAAAAUACAGCAACGUCUACAUGUGCACCAGAAAUCUGCAAAACCUGAGCAAAGACCAUCAGUUCGCCGAGGACUGCCGUCGCUACGUUCAACUGCAUCACGCUGAGAGCGAACCGAAGCGACUUCCAUCGCUGCACAGAAUUAUGCAGCUUUACUCGCAGAUGACGCACGGGGUGACACUGCGGGCGCUUUGUCAGCGGCUGUGUCCGCGCGAUAACGGCAUAGACGAGCGAAAGUUGGUCACGUUCGGACUGCAGCACAGUCUGAUUCGCUGCAUCAAUAAGUAUCCGAUUUUUACGGGUUCCUAUCCGAGCCCGAGGCACAAACUGUACACCGGACUGAACAGCUUGGACGAGAUUUGCUGCAAGACGGGACUGUCGCCCAGUCGAAUCGAGGAAGACAUCGAUGUGGACUCCAAUGUGACUGUCAUUUGGAAGUGAAGGGGGUGUAGGCAAUUUUUGAUUUAUUUUGUUCGUUGUUCAGUUGAUUGAUUGCUAUACAAAAUAUACAAAAUACACGUUUUUAGACUAA